GUACACAAAGUGAUCCAAUUACUAAUUAUAUAAUACUUUCCACCUGUGCGCUCGUAGACCAAAACUCGCACGCGCAUCCGUUGUAUGGUUACGAGGUGCAAACUCUCCCUCAUGCGCGCGUGCACAUAUUAACGGCGAUUUUCCGGUGUUGUGUUUGGGGAAGCGUAAGAACAUAUACAGACUAAAGAACGAAGUAGCAGCUUCGACAGCAGGUAGCGAACAUUAUUGCAAGAAGAAGGAACCUUCAUCAUCAUUAUCGUUUUCAUUAAAUUGCACUUGCGUUCCCCCAUACAUGUAAAAAUCCGCGUAAAAAAUACACAAAAAUAUAUUAUUUUGCAUGAGAAAAAUCAGAUCUUCAGCAGUAAACAGUAAGAUCUGACUUGCGACCUAAUUAAUAUAUCCAUCAGUUUCGUGUGAAUUCUCGAUUAUAAACGAUCGAUUCAUUCGCUUAAUAUUCAUUCUAAUGCUUUUAAUUUUUUUAAUACACUAUGACUUUAAUGGUUACGCGGUUCCAUGUGAGAUCGUACGUGUACAACGGAGGCGCCGGGCCACCUGUUGCGGCCCCCGCUCGCGUACCUCGACUUGGCCGGUUCCGGGGCCCCGGGUUCCUUCGUCUCGAAGUGGGGAACUGUGCUCGACGUUGAUUGGCGAUGCGGCACGUGCUACGCGAGGGUGCCUCGCUCCGCAAACGCAUAAAUAUCCCGAUGCCGUUUCACCCGACUUCAGAACCACCCUGUGGCUCGUCUUGGUUCGAUAUCGCGCGUCGAUUCGUAUUCACCCAUCAUUGCCGAUCUCGUGUAGCCGAUCGCGAUAUCUCGUCCGACUCAACUUGGUCCGAGUAAGGGAACGAUCUCUGAGGAACUGCGGAAGAGGAGGAGAGACUUUCGAUCGCGGUUAUCAAGUGCGGUUUCAGUGAAAGGAUCUUCGAGCGCGACUAGAAAGAGAGUCGCCUUCACACGCGUGCAUUCGUAGCGCGUGUACGCGUUGUUUCGUGGAGAUCCUGCUAUGGAACUGCAGGAGAUGUUUCGUUACGGAUACAUGUUCCCGCCGCGUGAGGACGAGUCGCUCGCAGCCUGCACUUAUCUGGACCUGCCGAAUUACCCCAAGACGAGCAAGAUCGGCCUGCCACCCGUAAGCACCCUCGCCGUACCCCAGAGCCUCGUCUAUGACAGCAGCAACUGCAGUGACGGUUGGCACACGCCAAGUCCCACCGCCAGCCUGCGAUCUGUCAGUCCGGCCACGACGUUGUCGAUCUCGUCGGAACCAGAGAUCAACAGCGCGCCAUCGACGUAUCGGUUGCUGGGUUCGAUUAGUAAAGAUAAAAGAAGCGUGAUGAAGAAGACCUCGUCGAUGAUCGGGUUGAGCAACGUCGGACACAAGCGACUGCGCGUCAACGCGAUGGACCAUCUCGUGACCGAGGAUAUAAUCAAUCUGGACGGCGAGCGAGAUGACGCCGAGGAGACGAUCAUCUUGGAUACUGAUAAGACGCAGUCCUGUCACGGCAGUGUCAUCAGCAACUCUAGCGGCUGUUUAUCCGACAGAAUAAUGGACGGUGAUAGCGAGGAGGACGCGGAGAUCAGCGAGGACGGCGUGGAUCAUCCGGAGAACGCGAAUGUCACUUCCGGCGAUGCGGUUCGCAGACGGGGCAAGUACGUCAAUUCCACCAUCGUCCGAAAACGCAGGCUGGCCGCCAACGCGCGCGAGAGGAGACGGAUGCAAAAUCUGAACAAGGCCUUCGACAGACUGCGCGCUUAUCUGCCGUCUCUGGGCAAUGAUAGACAGUUAUCUAAGUACGAGACGUUACAGAUGGCUCAAUCCUACAUUACUGCGCUUUAUGACCUGCUGCAGUGAAGAGAAUUCGUUUCGCUUUCGAUGUCGGAAGCCACUAAAUUCGCUUAAUCUUAAGGUAAAAGAAAGUCGCUUGAAUGAGAAUACGAGAUUCGCGAGUUCUUCAACAUUACUAUAUUAGUUGUAUUGACAUAACUGGACGUAAAACACUACGAAUAUUGACAUUGCAAGCUUUACUUAUGAAGACUACUUGAUCAGAAAGCUGAAAAACAAUAGAUCGAGUCUAUAAUUUGGAUUUAAAGAAUGAUUAUUCUAAUGAAAUGCUAAUAUCAUUGCAUGUGCCUUGCAAAAUAAAAUUAUCUAUAUUUGUAAUACUGAAAGAUAAUUGGUAAGAA